UAAACAGAGGGUAUAUAUAUCUAAAGAUUUUUUAAUUGCCGGAUAUCGGCUCUUUCUCCGAAUUAGACCCAUGACCUCGACAUAAUUGGCUGAUUUUCUUACACUGGCUAAUUAGCUCUGAUUGGAAUCCGUUGGUGGUAAAUCAGGUGCAGUCAGGGUUUAAUUUGCUAAAACGAAACCACUAUCAAUGGAUGAAUACAGGUUAGCGUGAGGCAAGUUUGCAAUACAUGUAUUGGUUGCAUUUCAAGAUGUUUGUGAACAACGUAGACACCGUAUAUCUCCAGAAUUAAAAGAACUUCGAUUAUGAUCGUUUCAGGGGCCCGUUUCUCGAAGGUCUCAAAAAAGCUUUCGCACCCGGGAAAGCCAUAGCAAACAGUCUCGAACCAUAUGAUUACGAAGCUGUUUUAUUCACGUAUUCUUAAUAUGAACACAGGUUCCCUUCAUACAAGAAGUUUCAGACGUGUACACCUCUCCGUUUUUAGGUACAGAUGAACUAAAAAUGGCUUUACGGGCCCGAAAAGUUGCCGGGGUGUUCGAGAAACGGGCCCCAAGCCCGGGCUUUCAGGUCUUUCAAGCUUGAACCCGUUAAAUAUUACAGUAAUCCGAUACGAGGCUUACAGAAAUAACCAAUCUUUGAGGGUUCCGACUGUCAUUCUAAAUCACGUGGGUUAGGAGAAGGAUGUUUGUGGUUAGUAGUAAAAGCAAAAAUGUUUGAGAGUUUUCGUGUUUUUAAAGCAAACGUCCUUAUUUUGUACUAUAAAAUCAAUUGAAAUUCCCGGUAGUUGAAUAGUUGUUGGAUAAAUUGAGUCCUGCGUGCUUUAUUGCAAGGAUUCCUAUUACAAGGAUUAUACAAUGAAAGAGCUGACAUCUGUCCAGUACUUUAGUCAACUAUUGCCUAUCUUAUCUUCUUUCAUUGUGCAUAUGGCAGUUACCUUAUACGCGUCUGCCCCCAAACUGCCUGAAACAAUAUGAUUUAGCUUCAACAGAUAGUAGGCAGAGCGACCUAGGUAUGGAAAAACGUGUGAUUUUGAAUUAAACAGAAGCUGAGGUUUUGAGAGCCAUCAGUCAGUGCACUCGGUUCUAUUUUCAAGGAGUCGCCCGGGUUCGUGACUCAGCAGCUAAAUAGAUAACAACACUUUAUUAUUACGGGGCGCUAUAAUUACAAAGCUAUUUUUGUGUGGCUUCAUAAAAGCAUAACCCGUAAACAAUACAUUUGAAACGGUGUUCAAAAACGAUUAGCCACAGAAAAAUUCUUCGAUAUCGCUGUAAUAAUACGCCUUUCCGACUCCCAAAACCUAAGUGACCACUUCUUUAGCCAGCAUAGAUCUUGCCAGGCGAAAUUCUUUACUACGUAGCCUUGAUCUGACCUUGACCAAAACAAGUUAUGCCAGACGAUCAGGGAUUGACAUAUCUGAUAAAUUCCAACUUAAAUGAAAUUAUUUUAUUUUCUUUCUGAAGGAUAUUUUCGCGCAAAAGAUAAUUUCUCGCUUUCAGAGAGGGAAACUUCAGCGCAUUUUGUUUGCAACACUCUUAACUUAUCUUACUUAUCCCUCUUUAUCUUACUACACCGUAAAACAACACCGUCUCGAUUAAAACACACAAAUAACGUUAAACUGGUACACCUUUGACUUCAAAACCACUUAGAGCUUCCUUCUAUUGACUUUUGCACUCAAGACGUGCUUUAUAAAUUGUUCGUUUUUCGUGAAGAGUUCCAGGAUUAGUCAGGGCUCUUACGUUUUGGGGGUCUAAAAUCAUAUUCAAAUAAAAAUUGCACCUUGAUAAAUCUUCCGGUUCAAUAUUUAAACUGAAAACAGUCAAAGAAGCCCUAGCGGCGAAAACGGAAUAGGGUAGAAAAAUACGUCACUAACUUACUGCAGUGCAAUAACACCAGCUUACUUACAAAGGGCCACAAAUUAGGACAAAGAUAAUCGUGCUAAAACAAUUUCUAAGUAAUUUUCGUACUUCAAAUUACUUCUUCUACGUGCGGCCAAUGAAGACGAUAUAAGGAAGAGAUACAAGGUACACAUCCGGAAUUCUGCACGUGUGUAACUCGUGACAGCCAAGGAAUGCUUAAAAUCCUGUCAUUCAGCGUUUCACCGCAAGCCACGUUAAAUGAUCUUUAAAUGAUCUAAAAAUUUAAGGGCGGGAAAUUUCCACAGCAGGGUAACAAUAAUAGAUAGCGCCUCCACGCUUUGUGCUCCAGAUUACAAACUUAGUCAAGCAAUCCGGUAACGCGUCUCCGUUGAAAAGUGUAAACAUGUUUAUAGAAAGGGCUAAAAAUGACUACGGUCCUCGGAAGAGUCUUACUCCGGCUCCGGAAAAUUACUACUCCUCUAUCGCGAGGUCUGCAAGAGGAAACGAAGUUCUAAAUAUUGCCUCCUUGGCCAUGAAUGGUAGCGUUUAUGCCAAUCCUGAUCAAGUCAAGCCAGGACAGAGAGACAUGCAUUUAGAACCAAUGUAUAUCGACGUCGUCGAGAGAUCCAAACCAAGAAAGAAAUCUCGAAAGAUGAAAUGCCUUGUCGCUUGGCUGGUGAUUUUGACCUUGACGUCGCUCGCUUCUUUAGCGUUCACGAUCAUCAUCUUCUACAGCACGAGUGCGGGCGCUGUGAAAGCAAAGCUAGGCGGAAACUCCGAUUCACCAAAAGAUGAUGAGAGUCCUUCACUGGAAGUAAAAUCCUCAGGUUAUCCUUUACGAGAAGACUUACUCGACAGAAUGGACCAGAUAUCCAAGAAUUUGACGUUUCUACAAAAGAAAGUGGUAAGACGAAUUCCAAUAAAAUAUUAGAUAUAAUUGAUUACUCUUCUGCCUGUGAUUUAACAUCUAUCUUAAUCAAAGUUCAUAAUUAUGUGUGAGUCUUUAUCCUUGUACCGGUCCUAAAAUGACCAAGAUGUAGUCGUCACGAACAUUUUAACUUUCUGAAAAAAAUCUCUUUGGCAACCAUAUGUGGCAAACGAAAAACCGAAAAAAAAUGCCUUGGAAGGUUAACAAAUACUAGAAAUCAGGCCCUUUUAAGAUUAUCCUUGGAAUCUUAGUGUUUUCGAUAACGUUAAUUAAGGUGGCUUACUCUAGUUAUUCUGAGACUCGCUAGCGCGUACUACGAUUGCCUGCCAGAUUCAGUAAUAUUCACGCGUGCACAAAUGGCGCAAGUAACGCUAAUUAAGAAAAAACCAAAACAACUUCAGUACUUGAAACGCGUUAAAAACCUUUGGCAUACAUAGCGAUAGUUUUAAAUUGCUUUAAAACCAGUGUUCAAGCCUAGCACGAAUGAAAUAUGACAAAAAAGAAAUAAAAAAAAAACUGGUAAAGGAGUUCUUAUUUACUCUUGCUUUCUCGCACGCGAUAUAUGGCGUCACAUGAGCACGCGCUUAAAUGAAAGGUAUACGCGGGUCAGUUCCCGCGCAAAGCUGUAAAAACCUGUCAGUGAUCCAUGAUUACUCAACGACGUACCAGACAACCCGUGAUGAAAUUUUCUCAAUUGAUUUGCAGUAGUGAAUCGUGUUCAAAACCACCUUUUAAAAUAACUCUGUAAGGCAGUUUUUGAGCUAUUUUUGAAAUAGGCAAAAUUUCACAUUUUUCUUUAAUAUCCAUGGAUGUUUAACCAGAUUUCUAAUACCUGAAACUUUGAGGUGGGGUAAUACGGAUAGAUUUUGAGAAAAACGGGAUUAAAAUUUCUAUAGUCCAAUCUCUCCUGGGCACUGGGUCGUUUAUUUUGGCCAUUUAUUACAAUAACGUUUUAAUUGUUCAAGUAUCACAUAACGUGGUAAAAGACUUCACAAGACGGUAAUUACAGCAAGGAUUAAAAUCUAAGAAAUUUUCCGAAAGAGUUAAAAGCUUAACGAGAAGAACAAGAG